GCAGUUUAUGUAGGUGACUAUCAGUAUCGAACAGUAUCGAACUACUCGUAUCACCACGUACACGUAUCGAGCGUUCACGUUGUACAUUGUCAAAUUUGUGACUGUUAGACCGCAUUGUUCGAAUUAUAGAGAAAUAUAGAGCAAUAUAGAGUAUAUAAUCAAGCAUUUAUUAAAAAAAGACGCGAUUGACAUGGAGACUACUGAAGAAACUAUUACAAGGCAAAGAAAGAAAGAGUUGCAAAACGAUAUGGAAGAUAAAUUAUCAGAUAAUAUCGAGGAAAACGAAAAGAAAGAGGAAUCGAAGAAGGAAGUGAAGGCUGGCUUCAAAUACUAUUACAACAAAUUUAGAUAUUAUCAUUAUUACAUUGCCAAGAAAAUCGAUAACGGCAUCGGAGUGUUGUGCAUGUGGAUCUUUAAACUUCUGUUAUAUUUAAUGGGAUACAGAUACAACGAACUACCUUUUAUCCCAGAUGAUGAAUGUAUUCGGCCGUAUUGCCACUGCAGGAACUCAAAUAUUCACGAGCCGAUUGUAAAAGAUGCAGUCCAAUCUCCGCGAGGUACUAUACGUAAUGGAAGCCUCUUUGAAAAAUUCCUCAGCACGCUGUUAUCCGAUAGAAGUUGCUUCGCUCGGUCACUCAUCCGAACAUUUUAAAUGUUACUUACGAACCUCCCGCGUAGCGCACCAUUACUUCUUUUUUUUCCCUAAUCCUGCUUGCAGCCGGGAAAGAACGUGAAUACAUGAACAGGCGAACUUUUCUUCCGUCUGAGCGCAAGUGAUUUUUUUUAACUCACUUUCCGCUCUUUACCUAACUACACUCAAGGUCGGUAGAUGGAGGAACUGGCGAAGUAAGGUCCUCGCAUCCACUUCACACGAUUUGACCCGAAAAUGGCGGCGAAAUGUAGGUUAUUCUCGUUUUAUGCGGGAUACAUGAGUAAGAAUGGUGAAGUAUUUUUGCAUAAAUGCAGGUUUUGGCAAAACAACCUGGCAUUUUUGUUUCACAACACUCUGUUCACUUUGUUGUCGACUUUGCCUGCUGACUGACAUACACAUCAAUACACAUGUAUAUAUCAUGAUACUACGUGUACAUACAUACAUACACACAUACGCGCUGUCCCGAAAAUGGCGGUCAUGCGAGGACCUUACUUCGCCAGUUCCUCCAUCUACCGACCUUGACUACACUAACAUCAUAGAACUGUUGCGUUACGCUCUUUUACACGGGCUUUGAAUCAAAGUCGUAAAAUAUUAAUUUGUCACUUAAAUCAUAUUGCGAAUAGAAAACUGAUGAUAGAAGAAUCGCACCAGCAUUGCAUCUUUUAUAAUCUAAGAUUAAUAAUAAUCGCGACCGCGAUACUUCACAUAGAAAAGAUAUGUCAAAUCCGCAUAGAAUCAAAAAAGCCAGUGUACAACAAAACGAAUUCCUUUCUUGGAGACUGAGUCCACAAAAUCGUAUCUAUCGUAGACAUCUGUAUUUUAUGCCAAGCGUUAUGGCCUCGCGGUUGAUACUUGCAUUAUAUCGUACAUAAAAAUAUCUUUCUUCCAUAUAGUAAAUGCAACAAUGGUAAGCGACCUAUUUCCCCGUCGAGAAACGUUCGUGGAGACAAAAUAUGAAAGCGUAUAUUUUUCUCGUAUAAUUUGCGCGUUUAAAAUGUUACAUUAUCGAGCAUGAUGCUCUCUGCUUGUGUGAAGUAAAAGAAUUGUGUGGCAACACGAUAAUGUCAAUUAAUAAUAAAUUGUGUAUGUAUUCCACAUGUAACUUGCUACAAAGAUAUGAUAUGACAAGAAAAUAAUUAAACGACAUCAAACAACAUCGAUUGUAUAUUUAUGACGGUGACGUGUAAAUUGGAUUAUUGUGUAUGUUUACAUGUAUUAACCCUCAUGUGCACAAGAAUAGGUAAAUUAUGAGUGACAAAAUAAUGGGACGGUUAAUUAAUAUCUCGGACGCUGUGCACGCUUUUAUAUAUUUAGUCCAGGUUAUUCAAUGUGAGUUAAUUGGAACAGUUAAUUAUAUAUCAUAAGUGAUUUUUUACUCGCGUAUGAAACGGUAAAUUCAGUUAAAUAAAUAUAAAAAUAAUUUCACGUAAUGUCCGCAUAAUGUAAAAACCAAACGGAAUAUUAAAAUAGCGAAAC